AUUCUAGACUUGCCUCCUAGCCAAAGCAGCCUACAAAAGACCGGCCCGCCUCCCGGUCAGGUGACUUCACUGCCUAGCAACAGGACGCCUUGCCGCAGCAGCCACCGACCUGACUGGCCUGAGCUAGUUUCUUGCGGGGGGGUCCCCAAAAUGUCUGAAGAAAAACCCCAAGAAUGCGCCGAGCCGGAGGAGCCCAAGGCUAAGCCCGUCCCCGAGAAGACGAGCGACUACUACCGCAUAAGCGAGAAGCUCCCAGUCCGGUUCAACAACCCGGCGUGGUUUCAUGGCUACAGGACCAACGAAGCUAUUUCCAUGUACAGGACCAGUAACCAAACCUAUGGGAGCAGAGCUCCCACGGUGCAUGAGAUGCCGAAAGUAUUUUAUCCAUCUUCAAGUAAGUUUUCCAGACAAUGUGCAGCUUUUGGAAUGUUCCGGAGUCAUAACAUUAAUGUUAGCCUGGAGAAGAGCCUAGUGACCGGGCCCGACAAUCACAUCACCCACUAUGAUCGCUUGAACUUCCACCCCAGUUACAAUGUCAACAGGCCAUCCAUCUGUGACUAAGAGAGCUGGAUUCCCCUGAUCCUCCACAGGUGCCUUAUUCUAAAGGCUUCUCAGAAAACACUUUUCCUUUCCAGAGGAGAAAAAUAUGCAAAUAGGGCCAUAAUGUCUUGUGUUCUGCAUUUUAGACAGGAAAGAUGCUGAUAGCAUCUUUGUUUUAUUAAAACGUUGCCCCAGCCU